UCCCAGCUAACAUUUACACCGAAGGUAUGACCUCCAAGACCUCUGUUGAGAUCAACUUCAAGGAGAUGGAGAUGGUGAUCCUCGGUACCGAGUAUGCUGGUGAGAUGAAGAAGGGUAUUUUCACUGUCAUGUUCUACUUGAUGCCAGUUAACCACAACGUGUUGACCUUGCACUCCUCUGCCAACCAAGGUGUUGAGAAGAAGGAUGUCACUUUGUUCUUUGGUUUGUCUGGUACCGGUAAGACCACCUUGUCUGCUGAUCCAAACAGACUCUUGAUUGGUGAUGAUGAGCACUGUUGGUCUGACAAUGGUGUCUUCAACAUUGAAGGUGGCUGUUACGCCAAGUGUUUGGGAUUGUCUGGUGAGAAGGAGCCAGAAAUCUUCAACGCUAUCAAGUUUGGUUCAGUUUUGGAGAACGUUAUCUACGAUGAGACCACCCGUGUCGUUGACUACGAUGACGCUGCCAUCACUGAGAACACUCGUUGUGCAUACCCAAUUGACUACAUUCCAUCGGCCAAGAUUCCAUGUUUCGCAGACUCUCACCCAAAGAACAUUGUUCUUUUGACCUGUGAUGCUCGUGGUGUCCUUCCACCAGUUUCUAAGUUGACUAACGCUCAAGUUAUGUACCACUUUAUCUCUGGUUACACCUCCAAGAUGGCUGGUACUGAGGAGGGUGUCACCGAACCAGAGGCUACUUUCUCUGCUUGUUUCGGUCAACCAUUCUUGGCCUUGCACCCAAUGAAGUACGCUCAAAUGCUUUCUGACAAGAUGACCGAGCACAAGGCCAACGCUUGGUUGUUGAACACUGGUUGGACCGGUGCUUCCGUCUCCAAGGGUGGUAAGCGUUGUCCAUUGAAGUACACCAGAGCCAUCCUUGAUGCCAUCCAUGAUGGCUCAUUGGCCAACGCCGAGUUCGAGACCUUCCCAGUCUUUGGCCUCCAAAUUCCAAAGGCUGUUGGUUCCGUUCCACCAGAGAUCCUCAACCCACUCAAGACCCAAACCGACCUUGAAGGUUUCAACAAGGAGGUUCGUGGUUUGGCUGAGUUGUUCUCUGAGAACUUCAAGGGCUACUCCUCUGAGGCCACUGCUGAGGUCAUUGCUGCUGGUCCAACUCUCUAAUUGCACUAACACUGUUAUAACGGUACAUAAAUAUUUGGGGUUUGUAUUUUUUUGGUUACUAUGCUUUACAUAACUUUUCGGGAAUUCGAUAUUGUUCAGUUUGAACUAUCAUUCAUAUUCAUUGUU